AUGGCAAGCAAGCUUAAAGUAGAAGAGCUCCGAAAUCAAUUGGCCCAACGUGGUCUCACCACCACCGGAAACAAACCCACUCUGGUUCAGAGGCUUGAGGCCACUCUUCGCCAAGAAAACAAGCAACUCACCGACGCAAGUGAUGUUUCAGCUUCAAUUGUUAGUAGAAAGAGGGGAAGACAAUCAAAUGAAGAUGGAGAGUCAACUGGGUCCGAGAAAAUCAAGGCCACCGACGAGUUCCAGGACAUGAGUGUAAAGCAAUUGCGCGAACAAGCCACUCUUCGUGGAAUUUCGGCAACUGGGUCUAAAAAAGAACUGCUGGAUAGGCUUUCUGAAGAUUCAGAUGACAUUCCUCUGGGUGGAGCUAAUGAAGAUGGAAAUGGCAGCAAGGAGAAGAUCGUAACUGCUACCAAAAAGGGUGCAGCGGUAUUGGAUCAGUGGCUACCAGAUCACAUAAAGGCACAUUAUCAUGUUUUGCAACUGGGUGAUGAUGUAUAUGAUGCCAUGUUGAACCAGACAAAUGUUGGUUACAACAAUAACAAGUUCUAUGUGAUUCAAGUUCUUGAAUCUGAUGCUGGUGGUACUUUCAUGGUUUACUAUAGAUGGGGGAGAGUAGGUGUUAAGGGUCAAAACAAGAUACAAGGCCCUUACACAUCCCGUGACAGCGCAAUCAAUGAGUUUAAACAGAAAUUCUAUGACAAAACCAAGAAUGAUUGGUCCAAUCGUAAAAUGUUCGAGUCUUUCCCGCACCACUAUAUGUGGAUAGAAAUGGAUUACAACGAAGAGGAAAAACAAUUGUCUGUACAAGAAAAGAAUGACUCUGCUUUAAGAGGUCAACCUCUGGAAACACAACUUGAGCCUCGCAUUGCAAAGUUUAUAUCUCUUAUAUGCAACAUCAGCAUGAUGAAGCAGCAUAUGAUGGAAAUAGGAUACAAUGCUGAUAAGUUACCUCUUGGUAAGCUUAGCAAAUCAACAAUUUCAAAGGGAUAUAAUAUCCUGAAGAGGAUUGCUGAUGUGAUUGGCGGGUCUAAUAGGAGAACAAUUGAACAAUUAAGUGGAGAAUUCUACUUGAGCAUACGGCAUACCCAGUAUAUGGGUCAGUAUUCAUUUUGUUUUACUUAUACUAAAAGAAAUCUAAUUGCUUUGGACACAUAUAUGAGUAAUGCAGGUAACUUUGUGAUUGAUACUCCUCGGAAACUGAAACAGAAGUUGGAAAUGGUUGAAGCACUAGAUGAAAUUGUGGUCGCAGCAAAGUUGUUGAAGGAUGAUACUGGAAUGCAGGAAGAUUCCUUGUAUUCCAGUUACCAACGCCUACGCUGUGAACUGACACCGCUUGGUGCUGAUUCUGAUGAAUUUAAUAUGAUUGCGAAGUAUUUGCAUAAUACUCAUGCAAAAACGCAUUCAAAUUAUGCUGUUGAUAUCAUUCAGAUAUUCCGUGCAUCAAAAGAGGGUGAAAUUGAACGUUUCAGAAAGUUUAGUAGUAUGAAAAAUAGAAUGCUUUUAUGGCACGGUUCUCGGCUCACGAAUUGGGCAGGAAUAUUAUCUCAAGGCUUACGAAUAGCUCCACCUGAAGCACCGGUGACUGGUUACAUGUUUGGGAAAGGGAUUUAUUUUGCCGACAUGUUCUCCAAAAGUGCAAAUUAUUGCUAUGCUACUGAUGGUUGUACAGCUGGUGUGCUGCUUCUAUGUGAGGUUGCACUAGGCGACAUGGCUGAGCUUUUAACUGCUAAGUAUGAUGCUGACAAGCUACCAGAAGGGAAGCUAAGCACUAAAGGAGUUGGAGGAACUGAACCAGAUCUUUCACAAGCUCGGUUACUAAAUGAUGGUGUUGUGGUUCCCCUUGGAAAGCCGAAAGAGAAUUCGGGGCCCAAGGGUGCUUUACUGUACAAUGAGUACAUAGUUUACAAUGUCGAGCAGAUUAGGAUGCGCUAUGUUGUUCAAGUGAAUUUCAAUUACAAGCGAUAG